CUAUGACUUAACCUACCCUUAAAUUUAUCGAAUGGUACUAGCAAGGUACAUAGUUUUCUUUCAUCAUUCCAACCUCUUUCUGUAGCCUUUUUCAAGCAGUCUAGCUUCGUCUAAUGGGCUCCCAGCCGGCUACUACGGGACCGUUAUAUGCGCCACGGACCAUUCGUGGCACUGAACCUGGUCUUCUUGACCCGACCCAACCCUCCCGUCUAUUGCGUGCUCCAGAUUCCACGCUCUCCUUCGCGUCCUUCGAUCCACGUACCGCUCUUGCUGGCGAAGAUAUCCCAGACCUGCAUAAACUAUCUAUCGGCGAGGAUCUUCCCCCUCCCAAACGUAUUGUCAUCGAAACAACACCCAAAGGUACGAGCUUUUGGAGGUUUGUGCCAAAAGCACGCUUGGAUGCAGAUGUGCGCGAUGAGGGCUUUUGGCCACGAGUAAUCGAAAUAUGCGGAGAACACGUGUUUUGCUACCAAGAGCAAUGGGAGAUUUACAAGCUGGACCCGGAAUAUCGGUGCACUGUUCACUUUGGCUUUAAAUUUACGUCUGUUGUGAGGGUUGACCCUAAGGCUCAGCGCUCUAGAGCUCCUUCACUGCCAGGCCCAAAACGCGCACGCGCACGCACGCCUACCCCUGAAGCGGAUAACCUGCUUCCGAGAAAAAGAGCGCGUUCGCGGCGCGCUCGUGUAGACAGUGAUGAUCACAGCAACGACAGCGAAUCUGACGGGGACGAAGAAGAAGUGGAACAAAUGAUUGUUGAUGGCAUUCUUCGUCCAAGAACUAAGCCCCUGUCGAAUGCCGUACGAUCUGGAAGAGAAGAAUUAAAAAAGGAGCGAGACAAUCGAUGGCAGAAGAUUAAGGGAGCACAAGCAAAAUAUAGCCAAGAGUCUCAGGCUGACGGACAACCGAUGUCCAUGGACGCGGAACAAUUUGCAUCUCAGAGCAAUACUGGGCCUGCUGUGCCGCAAGCUGAAGAGAAUGCCAAGCGAAAAAGUUUGGCGAUAGAAAACGGAUUUACCGCUGACACGGACGACGAACUGCCACAAAAACAUACCCCUACCAAUGGCCAUGCGCGAAAGCGUCAGCGGACCAUAUCACCAAGUAAGGCCAAGCAGGCUUUCAAUCAGUCGAAGGUGAAACGGGAAACACGAAAACAAGCAAAAGUUAGGGCAAUGGACGAACGCCAUCAAAAGGGAUUCAAACAAGUGUUUGCUGAUUAUUACCCGAUCGAUAUCGACGAACUGCGUAUGUUACUGGUCCCACUCUGCUCUUUCAACGGUUCAUAUUUUUCUUCUUCAGUGAGUGAUCAUAAUGCGCAAUCGACAUAUCCUCAGCCCGCUGCUUCGCAAGAGCAGUCCGAGUCUCGUAAGAGUGAAGAGUCGGACGAAGAGGCAAUGCGCCAAGCCGAGCUUGCAGAGUCCAUUCGCAAAAUGCGAGAACUUGACCGGGAUAGACCUCUUUGGGAAGAACAGCGAAGGAAGCGUGAGGCGCUUGAGCGUGCUGAAGAACAGGAGCGCCAGGCCAAAGCCGAACAGCGGAGAAGAGCUGAGGCAGAAAGACAAUGGCAGCAACGUGAGGAGGCCGAACGUCAGGCACGCCAGCUCCGAGCGGAAGCUGAACGACGUGAUGCAGAAGAAGAAAGGCGACGGCAAGAACAGCGCCGGUUUAAACAGCGUCAACGCUGGGAGUCUGGUACGUGGACGAGUCAUCGAGCCCUGGAACGAUACAGGGUUCUCAGUGAAGAAUUUGACGCUGCGAAGUUCACGCCUGAUCAGCCGAUCACUUUUCUUGACAUCCCGUGGCCUGUGCUCCAUCAUCCUUCCCGUCUAACAGUCGAGGAUGUCGACUGGUCUGCAGUGGAGAGAUUUUUUGCAACUGUCAAGACCUCCAUGCGACCUCAAGAUUACAAAGAUUUCGUAGAAAGAAGCCAUCGGCGUUUCCACCCGGAUAGAUGGCGUGCCCGUAAGCUGUGGUCAGCUAUUCGGGAUGAUGUAGAACGCAGCUGCCUCGAGGUUGCCGCUAAUACAGUCGCCCAAGCUAUCACACCGAUCUGGAGAGAAGUGAGA